AUGGGAAAACAUCGUCAUAAGAAAUCAUUUUAUGAUGUAGAUGAAGAUGAUCUAGAAUCAUCACGUAGACAUCAUCAUCAUCGUCGUCGCCGUCGUCAUUCAAGUGAAAAACAAGAUGAAACCAAACAACGAGUACCAUCAAUGUUAUCAUUUAAUAAUAGUAAAAAUUAUGAUGAUGAAUCGGCUUUACAAUCACCACCUAUCAAAAGACAACGAUCAUCACCAUCAUCAUCAAAUAAUCCACAAUCAGCAUCGAAAGUUUUAUCACAACUUAUUGAAAAUCCAGAAUUUCUCGCAAAUGCUGGUCCUAAAGCAAGAGAAUUUGCUGAAACAGCUAGGCAAUUACUUGCUAAACCUAAUCUGGAUCCAACGACACAACAAAUUAUUUGUGCGAUGGCUCAGGCAGCAGUAAACGUUGGUAAACGACUUAGUUUUUCGUCAUUAGUACCUGCUGAUCAAUGUGUCGAUGAAACAACUGUUACAAAUAGUACAACAUACUCAUCAUCUGCUCUUCUUUCUCCAACAUUAUCGAAUACAAGUAGUUCAUCAACAUCUACUACUCCUCAACAACAAUCUCAUUCUAUUCUAUCAUAUGAAGAGAAGAAAACAUCAACAGAAGCUGAAACUGAUGAAGAUAUUCUUAUUAAACAAAUGAUUGGACGUGCAAUGAAAUUGACACAACAAGGUGAUACUCGUCAUGCACAACAUUUACUUGGUAUUAUACAUGAAAAAUUAUCAAAUAAACGAAAACGAGAUGCAGCUACUGCUUCUGCGUCUUCCAAUAGUAAUGAUAAUGAAAAACUUAAAAUGCCAUUAUCUAAUGAUUUUUAUUCAUUACCAUCAUUAUUAGAUGAAGAAAUAAAAAAUCAUAAUAAUAAUAAAAUAUCACCUUCCGAAUCUGAACAGUCGAAUGAUUAUCAAAAUACAAAUUACUUUUCAUAUCCACCCCCACCUCCACUUCCACCACCGCCACCACCACCUCCGCCGCCAUCAUCAGAUAUAAAUUCAACAGAAUCAGUACCAAUUACAGUAUCACGUAUUGAACAAGUGCAAGAACUUUUAUCCAAUCCAUCGGAAGUACAAGAUAUUCUAAAGAAAUUAUUUUCUACGAAUGAAAAUCCAAAAUUCUCUCCACCAGAAGAAUAUCAAAUGCAAUCUCAUUUAAUUUCACCAUCAUCAUUUUAUUCUCAUCCUUCUGCUCCAUUUAAUAAUACUACAAUUUAUCCGCCAUCAUCUUGUUUAAAUAAUCAACAUCAACCAUUACGAGUACUACCACCAUCACAACCAUCUACACCAAUAGUCGGUCCCCAGCCUUAUAAUUCUUCACUUGCAUUUAUGCAGGGUAAUCGACGUAAUUUACCGCCUUUACAAACACCUGAUCGAUGUUUCUCAUCUUCAAAUAAUAAAAACAAUAAUCAAUUACAACAACAACCCAAUCGAUCUUUUUCAUAUUCAUCAUCAUCAUCAGCAGCAGCACCAUCAAAUAAUAAUGGAAUUAUGCCGUUCCUUGCUAAUCCAGCUCCGCCACCGCUGAGUGCGCCACCUUUAAUGAAGGUUAAUCCAUCAUUUCAAUUUCCAUCAUCAAUAUCCACCCCUUACGAAAUGAAUUCAUCACGUUGGUCAAAUACCAAUGAACAACAGCAACGAGGUUUUCAUCCAUUUUGGUGUGCUACAUGUGCACUUGGGUUUCCUCAUCAAAUUGCUUAUCAAGAACAUUUAGGAAGUCAUAUUCUAUGUAAUGUUCCCGGUUGUUCAUAUACAGCAUCAGAACAGCUUGUUCGAAUUCAUUAUCAAAAUAUUCAUGAAAAUAAUGCACGUAGUCGAAUAAAUAAUAAUAUACCGUAUCAAACACGACCAAUACAACAAUCAUUAGAACCACCAUGGUCAUUUAUGCGGAUGUAA